AUGUUCAUCUCCUAUUUCCUCAUCCUCGCGUUCGCAAGUUUACAGGUUCUUGCAUCCAGACUCUUCGUCGCAUCGUAUACUGGGACUGUUAGUACUCUCUCACUUACCGAGAAUGCUGAUGGUGCAUAUUCAUUAGAUGUGAUUGCCACAUCGGCGGCUUGCGCAGCCAACCCUUCGUGGAUUACUCUGGAUCACCAGCGUGAUGUUUUGUAUUGUUCGGAUAGAGGAUUGGUUGCGAGUAAUGGAAGUCUUAAUUCUUUGAAAAUUCAAGAGGAUGGCUCGUUGGCGGCGUUGGAUAGAGUUGAAACGCCGGUUGGAGCGGUGUCCACGGUGUUGUAUGCUGAUAGUACUGCGUUGGCUGCGGCUUAUUUUUCCUCAAGUAGUGUAGGAAGUUUUGACAUCACGUCAUCGACCAACAUUGUCCCCCUUCAAUCCUUUACCUACAACCUCACCACCCCAGGCCUAGACUCACAAUACGAAACAGCACCCCAUCCCCACGAAGCCAUCACCGACCCCACGGAAUCCUUCGUACUCGUCCCCGAUUUAGGCUCCGAUCUCGUGAGAAUCUAUCGUAUCAACCAAGAUAACAAGCUUCUCGAACCACUUGAACCAUUGAGAACUCCAACAGGAAGUGGGCCUAGACAUGCAAAUUGGCUGGUCACGGAAUCGGAAACGUAUUUUUAUCUGGUGAGCCAGUUGACGAAUAGACUUACAGCGUAUGAGGUCACGUAUGAGAAAGAUGAGACGUUGAGUUUUGAGGUCAAGUUUGAAAGGAGUCUUUUGGAAACUACGACGGAGGGGAGAGAACUGCAGUUCUAUAGUGCGGCGGCGGGGAUCCAGGUUACGCCCGAUAACAAUUACCUCAUAAUUUCCCAACGCAACGACACACACUUCACAAUUCCCAAUCCUUCCUCCUCCUCCAUCAAUGAAAUCCUAUCGGAUAGUCUUCUAACCUAUUCCCUCGACCACUCAAAUGGUAAUUUCUCACUUAUCUCAAUUGAUGCAGCGGGAGGCAGUUUUCCGAGACAGUUUUCUAUCAAUAAAGCCGGGGAUCUACUGGCGGUGGGACUACAAAAUGAUGGGCGGGUUGUGAUUGUAAAGAGAGAUAUAGUGACGGGGAGGGAGAUGGACAUUGUGGCGGGGUUGGAUGUGGAGGGGGAGGUGGUUUGUGUGGUUUGGGAUGAGUGA